CCACUCCGUCUGCUACUUCACCCUGGCUUCCAUCUACACCACUUUCCACAACCGGCCCUACUUCGAGAAGUUUCCGAAGGAGCGCCACCGAUUUCGACGAUCUGCUCAUCAGGUUCAAAGACAAAGCUCGGAUUCUGGUGAUGUGCGGGUCGUCGGGGAACAUUCGACGGAUCAUGAUGGCAGCUUACCGACUGAACAUGGUCACCUCCGGAGACUACGCCUUCUUCAACAUAGAGAUCUUCUCGGGGACAUCGGAAAACAACAAACCGUGGUAUAACGUCAGCGAUACAGACGAGAACAAUGACAUGGCCAGGAAGGCAUACGAGGCGUUGCUCACUGUGACCACCAGAAAACCAACUGGUGACCAUUACAAGAACUUCUCUGCUCAAGUGAAGCAAAUAGCUGAGGACGAGUUCGGGUACCGGUACGAAGAGGGCAACGUGAAUCCGUACGUUGCGGGAUUCUUCGAGGGAGUCCUGGUCUACGCGGCCGCCCUCAACUCCACACUGAAAAAUGGGGGAUCUAUCAAGGAUGGAAGAGACAUCAUCAAACAUAUGUGGAACAGGACAUUUGAUGCCAACGUGGGACCCCCUUGGUUCACCGGGAACAUCUCAAUAGACGCCCGCGGGGACCGGAAGGCCGACUACGAGCUGCUCGAUAUGAAUUCACAAACAGCCAUCUUCGAGACAGUGGCAACAUACUACGGCGAGAGCGAGAGCCUAGAGUUCACGGGCAACAUAUCGUGGCCCGGAGGCCGCCCCCCAAGAGACCAGCCCAUAUGUGGUUUCGACGGGUCCCUCUGCCCAGAAGCUACAGGUCCUUGGAGUAUAGUCACUGGACUUUUAGGUCUCCUGGUUGUGGCGAUGGCAGUAGGGAGCGUCUUCAUAUACAGACAUUACAAACUGGAGGCCGACCUGGCUUCCAUGACCUGGCGGAUCGCGUGGGAGGACGUCGAACUGACGGAGGACACUCAGAGAGGGAAGUUCGGCUCCAAGUUCUCUCUGGGAAAGAUAAGCAGCAACAGUAACGCCUCCGUGGAUUCCUUAGUCGACAACAGACAAGUCUUCAUCAGAACUGGCAGGUAUAAGGGCGUGACUGUGGCAAUUAAGAGGCUCUACAAAGAGAGAAUCGAAGUCGACAGGCCAACGUUGAUACAACUCAAAAGGUUGAAAGACUUGCAGUUCGACCACCUGGUGCACUUCAUUGGCGUCUGUCUGGAACCCAAACCGUACUGCGCCCUUUUUACGGAAUACUGUCCCAAAGGAUCUCUUCAGGACAUCCUGGAGAACGACGAUGUCCAGUUGGACUCCAUGUUCAAGAUGUCCUUGAUGCACGACAUAGUUAAGGGAAUGGCAUUCCUCCAUUCCAGCGAGAUUCGAACGCAUGGGAAUCUGAAAUCUAGCAACUGCGUCGUCGAUUCCAGAUUUGUCCUGAAGAUCACCGAUUUCGGCCUCCAUAUGCUGGACGAGAGGGACAAGAACUUUAAUCCAGAUUCCUACGCGUAUUGGAGAAGAAAACUGUGGACUGCUCCGGAGAUCCUGAGGAGCGCGAACCCUCCCCCCGAAGGAUCCCAGAGGGCGGACGUCUACUCCUUCGCCAUCAUCGUCCACGAAAUCAUCUACAGGUUGGGCGUCUUCUACGUCAAGAACGAAGACCUGUCACCUCAACAGAUUGUCGAGAACGUAAAGAACGGAGGAUACCAGCCGUUCCGUCCGUCGACGGAAGACGAGGUGGCCGAGGAGGAAGUGAUGCAGAUGAUGAGGAGGUGUUGGGCCGAAGAACCGAUGGAGAGGCCAGACUUCCAUCAGCUCAAAACCAUCAUUAGGAGGCUCAAUAGAGACAACGAGAGUGGAAACAUCCUAGACAACCUGCUGUCGAGGAUGGAACAAUACGCCAACAACUUGGAAGCCCUUGUCCAGGAAAGGACAGCCGACUAUCUCGAGGAGAAGAGGAGGUGUGAGGAACUCCUCUACCAGCUCCUACCCAAGUCAGUCGCAAGCCAACUGAUCGCCGGGAAGAGCGUCGUGGCCGAGACUUACGACUGCGUCACUAUCUACUUCAGUGACAUCGUCGGCUUCACGGCUCUCUCGGCUCAGUCUACCCCACUUCAGGUUGUGGACCUCCUGAACGAUUUGUACACACGCUUCGACGCCAUCAUAGAGAACUUCGAUGUUUACAAGGUGGAGACCAUAGGCGAUGCUUACAUGGUGGUGUCGGGGCUCCCGAUGAGGAACGGCACUCAACACUGUCGCGAGAUCGCCAACAUGUCCCUGGCUCUCCUGAGGGAGGUGGAGACAUUCACUAUCAGACACCGGCCUGAGGACAAGCUCAAACUCAGGAUCGGCAUGCACACGGGGCCCUGCGUGGCUGGGGUGGUGGGUCUCAAGAUGCCCAGGUACUGCCUCUUCGGGGACACCGUCAAUACGGCGUCCAGAAUGGAGAGCAACGGGUUGCCCCUGAGAAUCCACGUCUCUCCAGCCACGCAGAAAAUGCUCUCGGAACAUUACCCAAGUUUCAGGCUCGAACUCAGAGGGGAAAUCGAAAUGAAGGGCAAAGGGCGCGUGACCACCUACUGGCUUCAGGGAAAAUUUGAAGAAGACGUUUAGAGAGAUCUGACGCCUCGUCCCAACCGAGAAGGCGCCAUUUGAACAGAUAACUGAAUUCGAGACCAGAAAGGCCAAAUAAUACAUUGCGCGGAGGAGAGCAAGAUAUAAGGCUAGAGUCUCUUUUAGUUGACCUUGACUUCAAUUUUCUGUUGAUUAUAUCCAGUUUCAUAUAUAUUUCCCUCGCCCUAUAAAAAAAAAAGGAUUGUUAGACUAUAAGAAUAUAUUUAUGGCUACUAGUAUUUUCA